GCGGUGCUGAGGCGGCCCCCGGUGCGGCCAUGACCUCGGCGCGGGAGACGGCCGGGUCGUCCCCGUUGCAACCCUCGGGCGGUGGUCGCCGGAGGAACGUCCUGGACCAGCUCCCGCCGCCCGCCAACUCCAACAAGCCUCUCACCCCCUUCGGCAUCGAGGACAUCCUGGGGCGGCCCCGCGGCGGGAGCCCCCCCGGGCCCGGCCCCGCCGCUCUCCCGGCCCGGUUCCCCGAGAAGGCGGCGGGGCCCCGGGGCGGCGGCUGCGCUCCAGCCUCACCGCUCUGCGCGCUGGAGGAGCUCGCCAGCAAAACCUUCCGGGGACUGGAGCUGGGCGUGCUGCAGGCAGCAGAAGGUCGGGACCCUCCGGGUACACCGGGCCCGCGGCCGCCCUGCAAGAAGCGUCGCAAGUCUCGGACGGCAUUCACGGCGCAGCAGCUGCGGGAGCUGGAGGCCCGAUUCCUGCGACAGAAGUACCUGUCCCCGGCGGAGCGGGACGGGCUGGCUGCGCGGCUGGCGCUCAGCACCGCGCAAGUCAUCACCUGGUUCCAGAAUCGGCGGGCCAAGCUCAAGAGGGACCUGGAGGAGCUCCGCGCCGACGUGGCCUCGCUGAGAGCGCUGCCCCCCGCCGCCCUCCGGCAGCUGGCCGCGAUGCCCGACGCCCCCCUGCGCCCACCGCCCACGGCUACCCCCCCUGCCACCGGCCCCGCUGAGCUCUCAGAGGAAGAGAUCGACGUGGGCGACUGACAGGCGGAGAGGGGAUGCCCGGGGUAGGGGGGUUCUGGGCCGGCACCAAGACUGACCGAGCUCCGAGCUCUGCCCCGGAGGAUUUGGUGCAAUUCCUUCACUUUUUUCUGGUGUCUUUUUUUUUUUUUUUAAACGUUAUUUUCUACCGUGUCGGUCCC